AUGGCAAUGCCUCAAGCACCUGCCAGAAUUAAAGAUAGUUGGCCCUGGAUGUGCAGGAAAGAUCUUGGUCUGAAUAGUCAACUCUUUUCGGAGCUGUUAGUUUCGGACCCCGACGAGUACCGGCGGCUUUUACGCGUCAGCGAGGAGCAGUUUCUACAGCUCCUGGCGUGCGUUGGGCCAAGAAUCGAGCGGCAAGACACAGUGAUGCGCCGUGCCAUUACGCCUGAAACAUGGCUGCAAGUCACGCUUCGAUACCUUGCGACCGGAGAGAGUCACCACUCCCUCAGCAGACAGUUCAGACUGGGCCACUCCAGCGUGAACGACCUCAUCGCAGAGACAUGCACAGCUCUCUAUGAAGAAUUAAAAAGCGACUGUUUGCAAACACCGAAGACUGAAGAUGAUUGGCAGGCUGUCAUAAAGGGAUUCAGAGAAAAUUGGCAAUAUCCAAAUUGUGUCGGGGCUAUGGACGGCAAACACGUGCGCAUCACAAAACCCCCAAAAUCGGGCUCUAUUUACUAUAACUAUUUAAAAACUUAUAGCAUCGUUUUGUUUGCUGUCGUCGACGCAAGUUACAGAUUCAUAUACAUUGAUGUCGGUGCGCCAGGCUCCAAAGGAGAUGCAGGUGUUUGGCAGACAACACCUUUGCAACGAGCCAUUUCAAACAACACAGUAAAUCUGCCAAAGGCGGUGAAAGUGGCUACUGCUCCGGACUUGCUCCUGCCGCCAGUCUUUGUAGCCGACGACGCAUUCCCCAUCGGCAAGAACAUAAUGAAGCCCUUUGGAGGCACCCCACUCUCGGAUGACCAGAAGGUAUUCAAUUACAGGUUGUCCCGAGCCCGACGCGUGGUUGAGAACGCUUUCGGAAUUAUGGCUAACCGUUUCCGCUGCCUGCAUACUGUUAUCGCUGCCACACCUGAAAGAACUGCUGCGAUUGUGAAGGCAACUUGUCUACUGCAUAACUUCUUGUGCAACGAUGCGGAAGCCACUACUGAAACAACCAGUCAAGGAAGAGGACAAUCUACUGGAACCUUCUUUGGGUUCCCUCCACCACGUGGGCGCCCAAAUCAGUUCGGUGCUGCUGUGCGUGACCAAAUGUGCACAUACUUCAAUGGCAGAGGUGCUGUGCCAUGGCAGCGAGAGGCGGCCUAUGUUGACAUGGACAUCGGCAGAGACAAACAAAAGAAGUCAAGGAAAGGACAUCCUAAUUAG